AUGUACAAGAUAUUGGAGCGCAUUAUCCUGGACCGACUCAUUAAACAUCGCGAAGAAACAACGCGCGACGAGCAAGCUGGCUUUCGUCCUGGCCGAUCUACGAGUGACCAGGUUAUCAUCGUCAGGAGAGUGAUCGAAAUCUGGCAACGAUAUUCGAAGCUAGGGCAAUUGGCGUUUCUGGACUUUGAGGCUGCGUUCGACUCUCCUCACCGAGUCCGCCUACUCAACGCGCUCCGCGCCGAUGGAGUACCAGGAAAGUUCGUUCGCUUGCUUGAUUACAUCAAUCAGCGAACAACUGCUGCAAUUCGAACAGCAGCCGGAUGUACACCACCGUUUGAGGUGGUUCCCCAUCGACGACAUUAUGCGAAGAACAGUAGAUCAGUGUCCUACCGAUAUCAUUCCAGCACCAUCACGACAUCCCUUGAUUUCGAGUACGCUGACGAUGUUGCUAUAUUCGCGGAAAGCAGUACGAAACUUCAACAUGUUGUCAACCUUGUAUCGAAGCUGGCUGCAGCGUAUGGAUUACGUCUAUUCCCUGAUAAAUGCAGGCAGAUGUGGAUCUCUUCGAGACCUCGAACGGGAAUCAGGGUGGGCGGACAACCGAUAGAACUCGUCGAUGAGCUCUGUUACCUGUGCUGUACGCUGAGGAACAACAGAAGGCUACGAGAGAGAUGUUCAGCAAAGAUGCGCUGA